AUGGCCAACAGUUCUACAAAUCAGCUUGUUGGGAUUGGUUCGAUCAAGAUCAGGGCACAUGAUGGUAGAUUCUGCACAUUGAACGAUGUCAGACAUGUUCCAUCAAGGGAGGAGAAUUUGAUAUCUCUGAGUUUGCUUAAUAACAAGGGUUUCAAGUAUUCUGGUGGGAACGGAGGUCUGAGAGUCUGUCAGAGUUCUGAUGUGAUUCUGAAGGGUGUCUUACGUGGUAUUUUGUAUAUCUUACAAGGAUCCACAGUUGCAGGUUCAACAAAUGUUGCAUCUCCAGAGAUUCAUAAGGAGGAUAUGACUAAGCUAUGGCAAAUGAGGUUUGGUCAUAUGGGUGAAAGGAGAACGCAAAUUCUGUCAGAGGAAGAUCUUCUAUGUGGUCAGAAGAUCAAGAGGCUGCGGACGGACAAUGGUCAGGAGUUUUGUUCAUCAGAGUUCAAUCAGUUGUGUAAGGAUCAGGGGGUUGCCCAGCAUCACACAGUCAGGAGCGCACUACUGCAGAAGGGUGUAGUUGAACAGAUGAAUCAGACACUGUUAGAGAGAGCGGGGUGUAUGCUCUCUACUGGUAGCUUUGGUAAAAGGGUGGAGCUGAAAGGUGAUUUACAGCAACACGAAUAG